AGCUUAGGUUUUCUUGUUAUUUUCUCAACAAUGGUGGAGAACUGGUGCCCAUCGAACCAAGCAAUGGUGAAGAUUGAUAAAAUUCCAGUGCAUCAAAGCCAGUCUUCAAGCAUGGACUCAUCAGAGCCACCAUUUCAAGAGGCUUACAAAACCCUCUUCCUCAACUACACCGAAGCAGAAUCAAACCACGCCAACGAGCUCAUCAUCGUCAAAGAAUGUGAAUUACCGGUGAUUGAUUUGAGCCGGUUAGAGCUCGGAGAAUCAGAGAGAGAAGAGUGCAAGAGAGAGAUAGCUAAAGCUUCACAAGAAUGGGGGUUCUUCCAAGUUGUGAACCAUGGGAUUUCUACAGAGAUUUUGGAGAGAAUGAGAUGUGAGCAAGUGAAGGUGUUCAAGAGGCCUUUUAGGGAGAAGAUAAGAGAAGGGUAUAUGAAUUUCUCGGCGGGUAGUUACCGGUGGGGAACACCAUGGGCGACUUGCCUGAGGCAGAUAUCUUGGUCUGAAGCAUUUCAUGUUCCUUUGGACGAUAUUUGUGGCUUGGGUGGUCUCACCACUCUCAGCUCAACAAUGGAACAAUUUGCCACAACAGUUUCAGACUUGGCACAAAAGCUUGCUGAAAUAUUGGCAGAGAAAAUGGGUCACAAAGCCACAUUUUUCAAAGAAAAUUGUGUGCCCAGUACUUGCUAUCUCCGAAUGAACAGAUACCCACCAUGUCCAAUAUCUUCUGAGAUCUUUGGAUUAAUACCACACACAGACAGUGACUUCCUCACUGUAUUGCAUCAAGAUCAAAUUGGAGGAUUGCAGCUAGUGAAAGAUGGGAAAUGGAUUGCAGUUAAACCUAAUCCUGAUGCCCUCAUCAUUAACAUUGGUGACUUGUUUCAGGUAUGGAGCAAUGGUGUUUAUAGGAGUGUUGAACACCGGGUUGUGGCCAACAAGAAAAUGGAGAGAUUCUCUACUGCAUACUUCUUUUGUCCAUCCUAUGACACUCUGAUGCAGAGUUGUGUUGAGCCUUCAAUCUAUAGAAGGUUUAGCUUUAGAGAAUUCAGACAACAAGUCCAAGAGGAUGUCAAGAGAUUUGGCCACAAAAUAGGGCUUCCUAGGUUUCUUGUUUGAUAGUUCUAUAUAAGACAAGCCAUUUGUUGUUGAAUUUUUGCACAACUAAAUUAGGUUUUGCAUAUGGUAAGUAAAUCAUAUUGUAACCUUAUAGCAAUUGAAAUGGCCUUAUUUAAUCACUUAGCAAUGGUGAUUUGUAAACCAUAUCAUGCUUUUCAAAAAGUUGUUUCUUCAUCAAUUGUAGUCUCAACAAGA